AUGGGAUCUGGCUCAGCCGUUGACGUCAAGACCGUGGAGAAGCAGGGCGCAGCGGAUGACUGGGAGGCUCUGGCCCACAGCGUGGCUGAAGAGCUUUUGCCAGAGGGCAGCGUGCUUGAUUUCGCGGAGGCCCCGGCUCACGUCCGGCUUCGCGCUGCCACUCUGGCUGAUGAGGCCGAUGAAGAGGAUUUGGAGGAUGCCGACGACACUUCUGAUGCAGAUGCGGCCUUACUUGCGCAUGCGUUGCGGGUGAUGCAGGUUUCUGUUGCCUUGUCUGAGGCCUUGCCUGCUAUGAGUCACUCGGAUCGACUCAGAGUAGAGGAGGUGGAUGGAAGCAGCAGACCCUCCGGCAUGCUUUGCUGGCACAGCUGA